AUAGAAUACAUGAAUCUCGCAUUGAUUCCGCCUACAAAUGUGUUGCAUUGCAUGAUAUUCUUUACUCUGUUUAGAAACAUGCUCAACACAAACUAAAACUUCCACCAAGGUAUAUAAACUCGUGUUCUGGCAAAUUUUGGGAAUUAGUUCAGGAUAACAACUCGUUAGAACUCAACCGCAAAAAGAUGAAUACCGGCAGAAUAAGAUUGCUUGUGCAAAAUUUGGGACCGUUGCGUUCGAGAAUCCUGGUACCGAAUGGCUCGAAAGCACCUCGAUGUGGUUUGAAAGUGAACCAGUUCAGCACCUUCUUCGGACGCCAGAUUGUCGAAAAGAAUCAAAUUGUUCCAGUUUCAGUAACCGGAUUUAGGCAAUGCUCAGCAAAAGCCACCGGUAACAAGUUCGAUAGAAGAUGCAUCGACGCUAGUCUGGUGGCCACUUAUGCGGAGAUUGUUGACCUACCGAAGCACCCGGAAAAGUUAUUGAUCGAUGUCCGCGAACCCGAAGAAAUCGCUGCUAAGGGUGCGAUUCCGACCAGUAUCAACAUACCGCUACGUUCAUUGAACAAUGAACUGAAAUUGAGUCCGGCCGUCUUCCAAACCAAAUAUGGCCGGAAGAAGCCCGAACCAACAGAUCCAAUCAUUUUCACCUGCUGUGUCGGAGCUCGAUCUGCUGAUGCGGCGUACGAGGCGGACCAGCAAGGCUUCAAAAAUGUGAAGAAUUAUGUCGGAUCCUGGACAGAAUAUGCUGAAGCAAAUAAUCUGCUGCAAUAGAUAUCGACAUAACCUGCUGCUGUAACCCGAGACAACCACUAAGAGCUGUUGAUAUUAACUUUGUACUGUAAUGAUACAAAAUCAUACAAUGGAAAUAAUAUAAUACUGAAUUGCA